UUUCUGCACACUGUUAAAUUCUUCAUGUUCCUCUCGACAGGAUUCUGUCUGUAUACUGGGGGCACAUUACAUGGUUAUGUUCUCAUCCAGGAACAGAAGACUUGGGAUGAAGCACGGGCUUAUUGCAGAAAGAAUCACUUUGACCUGGCCACUGUUCAGAGUAAUGAAGACUCAGCAAAUCUACGAAAAGCAGUUUAUAAUAUGACUAAAAUGACCUGGAUUGGACUUUACAAUGACAUUAAUAGCUGGCGGUGGUCUUAUCACGAUGAAAAAAUAACAUUUCAGAAGUGGCUCACUGUAGAACCAAACAACUAUGACGGACUUGAGGAAUGUGGCGUGAUUACAAACGCAUGGAAUGAUUGGGCUUGCGCUGCACUAUUUCCCUUUUUUUGCUACAAUGAGAACGGAACAAACAGGUUUGUUUUCAUCAAUUUAGCCAGAACCUGGAAGGAGGCUCAGAUCUACUGCAGACGGUAUUACACAGACCUGGUCAUCAUUCGGAAUCAAACUGAGAAUAACCAGCUGACUGUGAUGAUGCAAGGAUAUGUAGGUGCUUGGAUUGGUCUGUUCAGAGACGGAUGGAAAUGGUCAGAUGGAACAAAUGUCUCCACCUCCUUUAUUACCUGGCGGAAAGGACAGCCUGACAUGGUUGGGCUACGAAGACCUUGUGGUGUUUCAGAUCCUUCUGGUCUGAUCAGUGAUCAGCUCUGCUCAGAUGUCCUUCCUUUCCUCUGUAUGUUCCGCCACACAAAACAACAGAUUGUGAGAGUGAAGGUGAAAUCUAGUCAGAAUCUAAAUAACCCUGAGAUGAUGGAGGUCAUCUUAGAGUCGGUAAAACAGAAGCUGAAGGAACAGGGGGUAGAAAUGGACACAGCGGUGGCGUGGAACGUUCAACCAGAUGGAAAUGUUUUUCACAAGAUUGAAAACCAACCAUGAGUUUUUGAAGUAUCUACAGUACAAUGUUUUAGUACAUAAAAAUGUAAUUCUGUUCUGGUUGUGAAAUGUAAAUUUGAUAGUACAUGUAAAUGUCUAAGUACAUAUUUUAUAUAGACUAGUCAACAUUUGAAGUGUAUCAAAAAUGUUAAUCAAGACAGGAACGGGUAUUGUUCAUGUAUAACUUCACUUCACAAAAACUCAAACUCAAAAAUAUUUUUCUAA